GCAGUGGGCUGCGACGAGUACGGCGGAUGCUGCAAGCCGUACUUUUCGCAAGAAGGUCCCUAUUUCUAGUUCUACUGUUCCGCAUAGAGGCUUGCGGACGGUCAUACAGAGUGAUGACUACUCGCACGGGGGCCGCAAGGCGCCGACGUGGUGAAAGUGGGUAGGCAAGCCUGCCUGUAUGCCUGUAUGAGGUGCAGCAUACCCAGAAACGAGCGAGGAGCGGCCGGAUUUUUUCGACUGGUAGAGACAGUAGAAUAGAAUUAUACUUUAUUAGGGUAAACUCUUUUAAGAGGCAGCCUUAGGGACGGCUCACAAACACGCAGCGCUGCACCGGCGAAGAGAGGAAGCCCGCGCACUGCGCGGGGGCGAUAUCCUGAGCCGGCUAUUUAUAGGGAGAGUCGCGGCCAUAGGAGACCCGCGCCAUCGCGCUGCCAUGCCGCCCCUUCGAAACGACAUCGAUAUUCAUCGAAUUGCGCCACGCCGUCACAUUCGAGGGGUUGUUGGUUUGGAGUCUCGCCGUCUGUAUGCGGCGAAGAGAAAUCAUCAAUGAUUGGGCGCCGCCAGGGGAGCGCAGGGUGGCAUUCCCCUGGAACAGGUCUGCCACAUCGCGCCCGAUUGGUCUUCUUCCCCAGGACUGUCAACAAGGUAGCGAAGGGGAAAAUCACUCUUGCAAGUCCACAUGAACACUGGAAAAACCUUACCCAAAGAAGGAUCGAAAGAAUUUAGACCAACCAAUUCAUGGAUGGAAAAGAAACAAGUUCAAAGUUUUCUCAAUGAGCGGAAAGAACUGCUAGAGGAAGAGAGAGUUGAAAAGUGGGGGUGCCUAGCAGGAGCUGUAUGGGACCAUAAGAAAAAGCUUGCUGAAGUUACGAGACGUACUGGGAAACAUUUCCAAACCCUUGGGUUUGAGAAAGAGGGUGCUUUAUAUUUGUACCCUGAAGAAGCACUCUUUUUGCUAGAAACGAAUAGUCUUGAGUUAACUUUUGGUGGAGUUCCAGUAAGUAUCCAGCAAGGAUAUUCACUUUUAGUAGGGUCUUCCACAGGCUGUGACUUAGAUGAGUAUAGAACAUUUUCUUAUCUUUUGAGGCAAGGCUAUAAACUUCUUCGUUGCUCAAAUAAGCAAGUUCACACUAGAUAUGAGAGAACCAUUCGUCUUGAUCAGCACGCCCCUGUGAAACGUAAGCACCCUGGCCAGAUCAGUGAUGAGCCAAUUUCAUUCGGCAAAAUCAAAACAGAACUUUGCUCUACAACUAUAAGCAGCUUGCUAAGUCAACAUACAGCAACUAAAGUGAUAAAACAUAAAGAGGGAAGCAAAAGUGUUCUGGAUGAACCAAGGAGAGAAAGAAGCCAAUUAAAAAACAUAAAACAAGAUCAUGAAAAAGAUGGAGAAUCUGAUAUGAAAAUAAUCUCUAAGGACAAAAGGAAUGUUGCUGACAGUCAGUUUACUGUGGAGAGGGAUGACCAGCACAACAUAAAAAGAAAUGAAAGUUCAAAAACAGAUUUCAAAGCAGUGGAUCAGGAGACACUGAGUGAAAUUUGUGUGAGUGAAAAGCAAAACAGUCAACAUGCUGAAGCAAUUGAAGAUAGCAAAACUAACCAGGAAGAAGCAACUGACAGAAAUAUAGAAAAGGAAUGCAAUACUUUGUCGGAGCUUCAUCAUGAGUCACAGGAAUCUAAUGAAUUGAGUUGUUCUGAAAAAAGCCAAAAUGCCUGUGUUGAAGGUGCCAAAACAAAAGCCUAUGACUUAGCUGAAAGUUUAUUGUCAUUAGGCAGUGUUAUUGUUGGCAAAGAGUCAAAAACAGAAAAUUGUUCUGAUUCUGGAACAAACUUAAAUGUUCUCCAAUCAGAAAUUAGAAAAAUGCUUGGUGCUCACAUUGAAACAAAUGUUUCUGAAGAAGAUUUAACUGCAGUUGCAUCAAGUGCUGCUUGUACUAUUUUAUCUCAUAUGACAAGUAGCGGGAAUGUAGAUGAGGCGAAGAAAUGUUCCAGUGCUGAAAUUUAUGAUGAGGAUAUUGCUAAAGAAGGUGAAGAAAUCUGUGCAGAACAGAAUGACCAUUUUCGUAAAGAAAACUAUGCCCAUAAUUCUUCUCUGAAUGGAAACCCUGAAGAAAGCUUGAAGAACUCUUCUGAGUACAGUUCAGCUACUACAAAAUGUAUAAAUGAUGAGGAAACACCCACAUCUCAAAUGGAAAAUCAAACUGACAUUCUCAGUUAUGAUUACUCACUCGACCAGACGUCCAUUGAUAAUAGUGAAAAAAAUGUUGAAAGCUUCCAAGAUAAAAAGCGUCUUGCUGGAGCAAGAGAUCUCAGUGAGGAACUUCCUGCUAAAAGAACCAAGAUGGUGGAGAAUGAUGACUCUUUAACAGGGCACCAAAAUUGUAUUUACAAUGUGAAUAAUUUAUCAGAGAAUCAUUCAUCUGUUAGUGAGGACUAUGAAAAAAGGGUUCAGGAAUCGCAAGAUAAGAAACAUCCUAUUUCUCCAAAUGGAGCAAACAGUCUAUGUGAUCGUGUCAAGAGAUCUAGAGUAUCAGAUAAUACAGAUUCAGAAGUGGAAAUCAUUGAUGUUGUUCCAGAGAAAAAGUUAGUGGAGUUUGUUAAUCUCUCAGAUGAAUCAUCUGAGGAUUCUGUUAAAGGGUAUGUGGUAGAGGAUUAUGACAAUGAUGGCAUUGAAGUUAUCGAUGUCAUUGAUGUUUUGGAUUCAUCAAGUUCUGAUAGCAGUGACAAUGACAGUACAAGCUCUGAAAGUGACAAUUCAGUCAUUGUAGAAGAAAGCAAAAAUAUCACAUGGCAGGAAGAACGCAAAAAGAUUCUUGAAAUGAUACCAGAUAUGUAUAAUCUCUCAGAAAUAUCUAUUGUACCACCUAGAUCUGACCUACUUCCAGAAAACGUUCAACCUCAACAUAGUCAAUACAUAAUUUCUCGCAGAGGACUUCAGAGUGAAAACAAAGAAAGACAUUCAUCAAACUCUCAUUCAUCUCAAGAUAUGCCACUAUCUGUUGAUUUUGAUUCACAGCCAUCUUCCCUGCAAUCUUUUUGGCAACCCCCAGCACCUGUCUAUGACAUUGCAACAGUUCAGGCUAUUGCUCAGCUUAUUCUACCCAUGCUUGGACUUUCCCCAAAUAUUUAUCAACAAAAUCAGGCUUGGAUGCCAAAUAAUUCUUGGUUCCCACAGCGUUCAACAUGGAAUCGAGAAUCUCAUUUUAAUGUGCAACCACCACAUAGAAGUAACUGGAUCAACUCUCCAAGAGGAAGAGGAAGAGGUUACUGGACCCACAAACCACACUUUACUCCACGUCCUUUUAGAGGAGCUAGAGGAAAUAGCAGGUUCAUGUCAAGACCAAAUUACCAUAGACAUUUUUCUCCAAGGUAUCCAUACCAACGUAGGGGCUCAAACUUCAGUCAUCAGCAACGUAACUUUGGUCAAUUUAAAAGUAAAGAAACAUCUGUGUCCAAUCCAAAUGACCUUUCAAAAGAUAAUGAGAUUGUACCAUUUCAUGCACUACCUCAGAAUGAGUCUGAUGACAGAAGUGAUAUCCCUGGCUGUACUUACGAAGCACAUGAAGAAUUGAGUGAGAUUCGACCUUGGGCCAAGAUCAAAAAUAAGGGAAAAGGAAAGAAGCCAAAGAGCUCAAUGCAGAGCAGAUACUUUAGCCCACCUAAAAAGUAUACUCAUAUGCACAGAGUUCUUGAAGAAAAGCAAGAAGUCAGUAGUUUAAAUUCUGAUGAGUGCUCUGGCAACCAAAGUUCGAGCAUUAAGUCUGAAUCAAAUUCUAGCGAAGAGGAUAAUAAAAUUGAAAAUUUACAUGAAGAUGCUGAUUCAAGAUCACAAGAAGAAAGUGAAAAUACAGAUGAGAGUUGUAGUUCCCCUUCAGGCACAAAGCCUCUACUCUCUCCAGAGAACUGCACAAGUUUUGCUUCAGUAUUUAAAACUUUACAAGUAAUAAGGGAGGCGGAUACCAGAACUUUAGUUUCAAAUCUGCAUGAAGAUAUUCCACAUCCUAAGUUCGACAUGUUUUCUCCAAACACGCCAUUCAGGAAGGGAAGUCCGCCUUCUCCAGAUUUUCACCUUUGUAUAGUGGGGUAUACAGAUUCUAUUCCCUCACCUCAGGCAUUAAGAGCUUUGAGUGAAGCAUUAAAUGACUCAGUUCCUAUUUUAUUUGCUAUUGUUAGCCCUGAUUCUAUUAGCUUCAUUCGUGUAUGUGAUGUAGUUCUCCCCUGUAUUAGCAAUUAAAAGUAUCUGCCAAACAUUUCUUUUAAUAUUUACUUGUUUGGGGUGAAAAGUUAUUACAUUGUCCAAUAACAAUGGAUAUACCAAAAAAACAUGAAUUAUUGUUAUUACAGUAGUUUGUUUAUUCUGUGUUUUGUUGUUUCUUGAAUGGACAAGGAAUUAAAAGCACUAAAUAUAAAGAAAAUUACAUGUAGCAUUCUUUAUUAAACAAUCUUUGAUGUUUCACCCUUCUUGUUCAAAGGCAUUUCUACAAGUGUCAUAAAAUAUUAAAAAAUAGUAGAGUACAAAGGUGGUUGAACUCUGUACCAUAUUCACUUUAUGCAUAAGAUCUCAGGCAAAAAUACUUCCAGGAGCACAUUAGUAAUCACAACAAAGUAACUGAGAGUUUGAAUUUCUUUAUCACUCAUGUACCACAUUAAUUUCUGCACAUAGGAUUCAUGGCUCAGCUACUGUUAGACCCUAUGGGAAAUAAGAAGAGGUAAAAAAAACAUUAUUAGGUCUAUACUUAUCGAUCUUGUACAAAGCAAUGAAAGUUAAUGUGCAGCUAAGCCUACAUGCGGUGUUCUUGAAAAACAUCUUAAGCUGCCCACCUUUGGAAAAGUUUCAUGGUACAGUGUGCUAAAACAAGAAAAUCACCCUCAUCUCGAAGAGAAAAUGGCAGAGUCGUGUUGCUUUCAGUCACA